UUCGUAGUACAUAUUCGAGUUAGGUUAUUUUAAUGUUGUGAUAGAUUCAGUUUAUUUUGUUAUAAUGGCAUGUUUCUAUCAUAGUUGUGGUUUUAUAAUUAAUGGCAACGUAUAAUAUACAAUUCAUAUACGAUACUCGUCAAUAAUAUUCGUUAUAAAUUACUAUGUAAUUACAAGACACACGUGCGUCAUAGAUCUUCAUUGGCCGGUUUUUCUUUUGGGCAGGAACGUAUCUACUCGCAGUAGGCCCAAGAUAAAAGGCAAUUCUAAUAAAUACGUACAUACAUGUAUGUAUGGUUGACUUUGAUAUUUCUAAAUAAUUUUUAUAUUUUCAAAAUGUUACCGUACAUUAUCAAUUUUCUCCAUAUCGGUUGCAAUUAUAAUAGACAUUAUAUCACUAGACACACUAGACGCUAUCGGUAUGCUAAACGCGAAAUGUAUUCGUCAUUUUUGGCGAAAAUGAAUACUUUUUGAUAUAUUCGUGAAAAACUUCUGCUACCAUAAGAUCGUUAAUCCUGCGCAUAUACCUACGCGUCCGUGACGGCGCGCCACACCUGGUGUCUACUGCGUGCGCAUUAUGCAGUAUGCACGCAGCUAGACUAGGCCCCCUACUUUUCUACUUUUUAGAGUGCCGGCUCACAGUGGUAGCGAAACCCGAAUAAUGGUCAAAAUGUAAAACAUUGACAGAGUUGUAUGCCUAGGUUUCCAUGGUUGCUGAUUACGAGAAUCUGAAUAUUAAAUUUUAGUCGAUUAGUCGGGAGAAAGUGUGGUCGCAAGCAUGCUGCAACUGACUGUAGCGCGCCGUCAUGACACAACACGUUGAAACUAUUUUAACGAUGCAUACGUCCCUGUUCCCUGUACACGUCAUCGGCUUUAGUCGUGUCGAGCAGAUAUUUUCCCGCCUAAAGGAAAACUGUGGUCACAUUACUGUCAAAAAUGACCAACGAAUAUCGUAAACUUUACAAACGACCGUUUACCGUGUGCAUAGAGGGGAACAUAGGAAGUGGUAAAACAACAUUCUUGAAUCAUUUUAAAAAAUUUAAUAACACCACAGUCUUACAGGAACCCGUAGAAUUAUGGCGUGACGUGGGUGGAACAAACUUGCUAGAGUUGAUGUAUAAGAAUCCUACUCGUUAUGCUUUUUUGUUUCAAUCCUAUGUACAGUUAACGAUGCUACAAUUGCAUACGCAUAAAACUCCACACCCGUACAAAAUUAUGGAAAGAUCUGCAUACAGCGCAAGAUGUUUUAUUGAAAACAUGAAACGUACAAAGAUGGUGCAGAACGUAGAAUAUAUUGUUUUAGAAGAUUGGUUCGACUGGUACACAAAAAAUGUUAAUUUAGAGACAGAUUUAAUAGUAUAUCUAAGAACAUCUCCAGAUAUUGUGUAUCGGAGGCUAAAAAUAAGAGCAAGAGCCGAAGAAAAUUGUGUGCCGUUAGAAUAUUUGGAACAAAUUCAUGCGAUUCAUGACGAAUGGUUGUAUCAUCAAUCAUUAUUUACUGUACCGGCACCUGUCUUAGUAUUAGAUGGAAAUGGAACGUUAGAUGACAUGGUAAACGAGUUUGAAAAUUGUAAAAAUCAUAUUUUUGGUACAGCAGUGGAAGAUAGAAGUAUUGUAAAAAAGGUAAUUGCUCCGCUCAAUUCUACGUGCCCAAAUGGAAGCGACAAUUAGUAAAAUAUUUACUUUAUUGAUUUUUAUACAUUUUCGUUGUUGUAAUGUGUACAUAUGAUCGAUAGAGUUUUACGACUCACAAGAUAACAAUAGGUUUAAUUAUAUACAAAUUUGUUAUCCGUUGCCUGUCUGAUAUUUAACAAUUUAAUAAGUACAAAUACUAAUUGAUAUUAAAUAAUUUUUAACUUGUAAGUGACAAAUAUUGUAAAAAUUGUUUAAUUCUCGAAGAUGAGAAAUGAAUGUAUCAAAUAAAAUCUUUCCGAGAAGUGGCUAAUCUUUUGGCACAAUCGUAUUCUUGACAAGCCCACAGUGCAUUUGUCAAAUUACCGAUCUCGGCAGUCUUUGUAUUAGCCUGUUUCCAGUCUAAGAACAUUUGAUAAAUUACCUGAAAAUCGAUGUUACGACUUAGUGCUUUUAACAAAAAAGAAAUAUAAAAAUGGUAUAUCGAUAUAUAGCAA